CAGCCCCUCACUGAGUCACUCACGCACUGUAUCGGCCCAUCUCCGGUCCCUCUUCCGCGCAUCCCCGCUCUCGGGUGCGCGGCCGCGCUGCGCGUGCCCGCGGCGGUCAGUGGCGACGGGUGGCGGCGUCGGCAUGUCGUCGGUGUCGUGGUCGCUGGACGAGAGCCGGAGGAACAAGACCAGCCGGGUGUUCCCGGUGCCUAGGCAGACCUCGCUCUUCCAGCCGCCCGUCCUCAAUCCCUUCGUCUACCGCAUCCAGCUCAGCGUGGCCGACAAGCUAAGGAUAGCUUUGGCCAGCAUUACCCUUGUACCCUUGCGCAUUGUCUGUAUUUUUAUCCUUGCUAUCGUUGCUUGGCCAUGUUCACUUUUUGGACGAUUCUGUCAUCCUAUAUGUGGCAAUCAGGAGCCAAUUCCAAACUGGAAACGCCGUGUUUCACAAGCUCUGUUGAAAGUCUUGGGACGUGCCUUUUACUUUUGUGUGGGUUUCAUACAAAUUAAAGUGAAGGGGAAGAGAGCCAAAGCAACUGAAGCACCAAUUCUUGUUGUUGCUCCUCACUCAAGCUACUUUGAUGCAGUUGUGAAUAUCGCAGCUGGGAUACCAUCAAUUGUCUCACGAGCUGAGAAUGCUGAUGUCCCUUUGUUUGGAUCAUUGCUGCGUUGUGCUCAACCUGUGUUGGUAUCGCGCACUGAUACAGAUUCCAGAAAGAAAACUGUUGAAGAGAUUACAAAGCGUGCAACAUCCAAAGGGAAAUGGCCCCAGCUUAUGAUUUUUCCAGAAGGGACUUGUACAAAUCGUACCUGCCUCAUCACUUUCAAAUCAGGGGCUUUUAUUCCAGGAGUUCCUGUUCAGCCGGUACUCAUUCGAUACUCAAAUAAACUGGAUACAGUUACCUGGACUUGGCAAGGACACAGUGCGUCAAUGCUUAUGUUCUUAACAUUAUGUCAACCUUACACAGCGGUGGAAGUUGAGUUUUUGCCUGUAUAUGUGCCAAAUGCUGAAGAACAGUGUGAUCCCUUCCUGUAUGGCAACAGAGUGCGUAGUAUUAUGGCAAUAGAAUUAGAUGUGCCAAUGACAGAUCACACAUUUGAAGAUUGCAGAUUGAUGAUUUCGGCAGGUGAACUGACUUUGCCGAUGGAAGCUGGCUUGGUGGAAUUUACCAAAAUUAGCAAAAAACUCAAUCUGAAAUGGGACAAUGUAAGAAAACAACUGGAUGGUUUUGCUGCAAUUGCCAGUAAAUCCAAAGGGGGAAGGAUUGGUAUUGAAGAAUUUGCAGAACAUUUGAAACUGCCAAUCUCACCUGCACUGAAGGAGGUGUUUCAUCUUUUUGAUCGAAAUGGUGAUGGCACCAUAGAUUUCAGAGAAUACGUAAUUGGUCUGGUGAUUCUUUGUAGUCCUGCCAACACAGAGGAAACCGUUCAGUUUGCAUUUAAGGUGUUUGACGUGGAUGAAGAUGGAUAUAUAAGUGAAGAUGAGUUCUCCCAUCUUUUGCGAUCUGCAUUCAGUGUGCAUGAUCUUGAUGUUUCUGAAUUGUUCAAAACCAUUGAUGUAAAUAAUUCUGGAAAGAUUUCAUAUGAAACAUUUCGUGAAUUUGCUCUGAAGCAUCCAGAGUAUGCCAAGUUGUUUACCACAUACUUUGACCUUCAGCGGUAUAUGUCAUUGCAGGCAGCAAAUAAUGAUGAUGAUGAUCUGGAAAAACAGCAUAAAGUGCAGCCAGUCAUUUCUGAUGAUAGUUUUGAUAGCUUUAAUAGCUCUGACAAAAAAGAGGACUAAGCUUGAAUUACUACAUUAUAUUCUGAAGAAGAGUUACAGAAAUAUCUAUUUACAUAUCCAGGCAGAAUUCUGAGAUUCUGACAGUAAAAUCUGCCAGCUUUUGUUAUUGUACAAGGUCAUGGUGUUCUACCAUUUUAUGAUGCUUCAUCCUAUUUAUAUAUUGAUUUUUUUUUAAUCAAAUGCUCAUGAAAUGACCAAAAUUUAUUCUGGGCAUUUUAAUUUUGCUUUAUUUAAAUUAAAAACAAGUCAGAACCUUGAAACAACCUGCAUUUAUAUAAUAAAUUUAACAAAUUCCAAGGGUGUUUCAGCAAAUAAAUAAAUGCAGAAAUAAACGCUGGGUAGGGAUUAGGAAGAGUCAUGAAAAGCUUCACCAAAACUUUGAGAAGGCUUUUAGAGGCGGAGACUUAAAGCAAGGAAUUUCAGUAGGGAAUUGCUGAGAUUAGUGCUGAAGCAGUUGAAGACUUUUCAUAUGAACAGAUGGAAUGAGCCAACAGACUACUUAAAUAUUCUUAUUGCUGAGCUUUAGUAAACUUGCAGCAUUUUUAUGAUUUAAUACAAGUCCAGAUUCUACACUUAAAGUAGGUGAAUCAUAACUUGCGCAUAUUUUCCUCUGAUAUUUUAAUUUGCUAAUAUUUCAGCUGUAAUGAUGUUAUUGUGCCUUUAACUAUGCAAAAAAAUCAAGUUAUUGUAGGUAGAUAACACAAAUGAACAAUAAAUUAAUUUAAAUUUGAAAAGAUCAAUUUUUAGAAAUGCAGGUUUACAGUUAUAUUGAAAGUCAACUGUCAGGAUCAACAAAUGUAUUUCUACCAUGACUGCUGAAUUGUAUUGCCAUCUUUUUUUAGUUCUGCUCCAUAUUUUUUGGUAUUGAAAACUAAAGAAGAGAAAAACUGGAUGUAGGUAACUGCAUUGUAGAAUCUAUACUUCACCAGACCAUGAUGAAUCCUAAUUUUUCUUCUUUGCAGUGAUUUAAAAGAAACCUAUAUUUUUUUGUUUCUUUCCUCAUUGCAAAAUCAUCUGUUGAAUUUCAUAAAAUGUACCUCUCAUGGAUACAGAUUGAAGAGGAAACCAAGCCACCCCAUAGUGUUUACCGAGUUUGACGUGGCUUAUUGACUUUUAAAACAGAUUCUAAAUUAGGACACAUUUUCUCUGUGUGCAUAUUGGUCUCAAUACUAUUCAAAGCUAAUUGAGCUGCUAGAUUCUCCUACAAAAAAUAAAAGGUUUAUUUAUAAGUUAUGAGAGGUCUCAUACCCAUAGCCACAACCCCACAUUUAUUGGGAGCUGGAGAAUAAUCAUUAUAAACAGGGAAAGACCAUAUUUUCACUGUUUUCCUUCAAAGCAAGAGAAAUUUAGAUAUCAAAAGCAUCUGUCUACUAACAUUCGAUAAUUCUUGUCAUGUUUUUUUAAACAUGAAAUGUUUAGUGUACACUUUUCACAUUGGUCACAAUAUUAUUGUAAUUUGGAUACUCAGUUAAAUCAAGCUUGAUUGACUAUCCAAGCUUUGAAGGGAAAAUGCUGCAAAAGCAAAUUACAUCUCCAGUUCAAUUCUAAAUUGCAGUAUAUCAAUAGGAAUGAUUUUUUAACAGAUGUUGGUGCUGCAUAAAUUCACAAGGGGAGUUUUCAAGAAAUUAAAAGAUAUUGUUAAGUGAAGCACACUGGACUAUUGUUUACAGAAGAAUGGAAAGCUUCUUACUGGAAAAGUUCAUAAAGCUGAAGACUACUCGUAUGACUUUUCCAUGCUUUUAUGUAUGAUAAUAUUGCUUUGCACAUAUUCAAAGUUUAGGGAAUGAGCAAUACUAUAUGAUUUAAAUGUAAAUAAAUACUUUGGUGAUUUUACUCUGAAUAUUCAUUGUGUGAUUUCUGCAUUUGAAUCAGUAGAAGAAUUGAGAACCUUGCGUAGUUUUCUGUGUUACUUAAAGAUAUGGUGGUAAUUGUUAAAUGUAACCUUGGAAAAAUGUCCCUAAAUCACAAGGGUUGGGAAUCUGAUACAACAUCCGAAAAGUAAAAAGGUCAUAAAUGUAUCAUAUACAGACAUAACCUCCAGUACAGGCAGUCCUCUGGUUCCAUUCCUGAGAACUGUCCAUAACCUGAUUUCUCCAUAAGUCAGAAACAUUGUUUUCUAUAGUAAUCCAUAUCGUAUCAACUUGUUAUACUUCUUUUCAUUUAAUCAAAUAAUCACCCUAAUAUUACCCAUAAUUAAACUAAUGGAAUAUAUAUACUGCAUCCAAUCAUUAAUGAAUUACCAUGACAUAUUAUUAGCUUGAAAAAUGCUUUAAGAGUAUAUGGGAGAAUUUGUGUAAAGUCAGAUUUCUGUAAGGUUAUGCUUAACUCAGGGUGCCCCUGUAUUUGUAAUUAAAUGUGGAUGUACAAUCAUUUAAAAUGUGCCAGGUGUAUCAAUUGAGUUUAUUUAUUUUGUAUAUUUUUCAAACUGGGUCACAUUGUAUAAUGAAUUACACUCUGUAACAGUCUAAAUAUAUUGCAGAAUAUAAUCAGUUAAUUAUUCUGGGAAUACAAUAAACCAAUUAUUGUAUCAAGAAGUUUAAAAAAAUUGUUUAUCUGAAUAAUAUUGUAAACUCUAUUUUGUCGACAACUACGUGCAUUGGUUGGAUUUCAUGAAUAUUGGCUU